AUGUCGCUAUCAGACAAACUUACAUCGCUUAUGGCGCGGCCGGGAGGCGACAAUGCCCAGAGAGAUGACGUGCCUUGGUGGAUGCGUUACGCUGGUCGAGGAGUCGGAACAUUUGGCGGUUUCCAAGAAAAAAAGAAGAUUGCCUUGUUUAUCACUUUGAUUGGGCCGGAAAGCUACGAAACAUUAAAAAAUUUAGUGUCUCCAGAGGUACCGAGCUCGUUAUCAUACACUAAAUCAGUGGAGGUUUUAAAGGGGCAUUAUAUUGAAAAGAAAUCAGCAAUUGCAGCGCGAUACGAGUUUUACCAAUAUAAACAGAAGGAAAAUCAGUCCAUAAAUGAUUUUGUUGUUCAAAUCAAAAGGUUAGCUGCAAAUUGUCAAUUUAAAACUUUUUUAAAAGAAGCACUUCGGGACAGAUUUGUAUCUGGAUUAAGAAAUGACAUUUUAAUAAGUAAAUUACUGUCGGAGCCUGAUGAUUUAUCAUUUGAGAAAGGUAUCCAAAUGGCUUUAGCUUUUGAGAGUGCAGAAAGAGACACUAAGUACAUACAACCAGAUGGAAAUAUCCAUUUAGUAAAGAAGCCUCAAUAUCGGCAAGGAUCCAAAGCUCAAGUGCCCCACUUAGAACAAAAUCUCAAGUUGGAAGGGAAGCUAGAAUGCAGACGUUGUGGGGGUGCUCAUUUAACUACUAGGUGUUUUAAAAAAGAAUGGAUAUGUUUUGUUUGCAAGAAGCCUGGGCAUUUGGCAAAUAAAUGUCGGUUUAAAUUAUCAAUGAAAGGAAACAAUGUUAAAAAUGUGGAACAAGAGAAAGAGGUAAAUUGUGAUAAUUUUGAUUCAAGUAACAUUGUAAGUCAAUUAAAGGUCAAAUAUAAAGAAGUAUUCUCAAAGGAUAGGUCAUCUCAUAUUUUAAAUUUUAAGGCCAAGUUGAAAUUGAGAGAUGGAGCAACACCCACAUUCCAUAAAGCAUAUUCAAUUCCCUAUUCAAAAAAGCAAGAAGUUGAAGCUGAAUUGUUGAAUUUAGUCAAGUCAGUGGCGAUAAUCCUGGGACUGAUCAACUGCCUCAGCAUCGUAUUGCUAAACAUAUCGUGCCUGAUCGCCGGUAUAUGGCAGAUGCUGGCCGGCUUUGUAGUAAUAGUGUGUGAAGCGCCGUGUUGCUGCUUCUUCGUAGAUUACGUCCAAACCCUCAGUGAUAAGGUGGAGACGAGGCCUUACUGGAACAAGGCUGUUCUUUAUAUUGCGUUGGCGAUCCCACCAUUCUGCUUAUGUUUCCUGAGUAUGAGCACGUGGUUCGGUAGCGGGCUGAUCUUCGCCACCGGGAUCAUCUACGGCAUGAUGGCGCUUGGCAAAAAAGCAUCUAUAGACGAUAUGAGGACGUCGGCGGCGAACCUAGAGGCGGGUGUAGGCCAGCCGACGACUGCGACGCGCGCCAACCUCGUAACCAACGAGCAGCCGAUCAGCUACACCGGCGCGCCUCGCCACUGA